GCUGUGCAUUGAAAGCGUUUGUGUUGGAUUAAUAUAUGUCUUUCAGUGUCUCCUGGCUGACCAUGUUAUUCCUCGUGUAUACACCGCUCGGGGCCCCCUACCGACACCAUUGUGUCAAUAAUUAGCUCUCUUAUAAACGUACAGCUAGAACACAUGAAGAAAUUCGGAGGCAGAUUAUUCGGGACUUGAUAUUUUAACCGGAUAAUUGACGGCUGCGCUAUUUCAAGCCUGGGAUACGCUGCGAUCGUGGUGUAGUGCGGGUAUUGACAGAGCUGUUUGUUUGUGUGUGACACUACUGAGAAACAUUUCGUGAUCAGGGUGAUAGCGGCCACUGGCUUAUUGUGACCGUUUCAUGUGAUACAGGUAAACUUUCAUGGAUACUGCCGCUUCACGUGUGUGGAGCAAGUUCUAGCGAUAUGGUUUGUAUGUACGGGUGGGUUUGACGGCUGUGAUACACCUUGGGGGUUAAAGCCAGACAUUGACAAAAGAGGCAAAUAUGGCGCUUAUGUCUUCAAAGGGACUCCACGAGGACGAGUUGAUAAAAAGGCUGGAGAAGCUCUCUCGCAAUUAUGACUUAGCGACCAUGAAGAUCUUCAUAGCUGUGGAAAGUUUAGGUGAAAGUUUAGUUUACAGUACGUACAACAACGAGCGAAGGAACAAAUGGGAGUUCUUCCUCACACGGAAGGAAGCGUGUCGUUUAGAUCUCAACCGACAUGAGAAAACGCGAGAGAAAUACAAACAGUUUCUCUACAGCACGCCUAGAGAAGAACAGGGUCGACAGUUCCACGCCGCAGUGCUCGCCAUGAUGAGGAAGAAGGGCGCUGUGGAUAUGUUCCGCCAUCUUAAGCCGUACGAGGACGUCGAGUCGACGUUCAGCGGUCAUCUUUGUAAGCUGUUUGACAAGAAAGUGGAGACAUGGUUUGAUACUUUUGAUGCACUAGCGGUCAAUCUGGUGGCCCACGUCAAGGUUUCCACGUUUACCCGGGUCCUAAAUGGUCAAAUUGAUGCUCUGUGUCGACGCGAUGGCCAUCUGUACGUCGUCAAUGUGAAGGUCACGGGCCAGGAGACUCCGCGACCUAUUGACCUCGCCGAGCUGUGCAUGUGCAAGGCUAUGACGAUCCAGAACGGGCUGGAAGGACCUGACAAGGUUCGGUUGUCCCUUCUGAUCUGCCAUCUGAACGAGGAUCGCCCAGUUCUGCGCCUAUGGUCGUACAGCCCCUCGGAUGAGAUGGAGCAAGCCAUUCGAGAAGGCGAUAUUGAUAAGAUGAUAGACUGUGGGAAGCUGUCGCAGUAUCAUGAGUUCUGGAAGGCUAACGUCCAUCUUAUUGGCGAGGUCAAGACAGACCGACUUUAUAACGGGUAUUGAUGAAGCUUAGUUCAGGGAUGAGUGUGAUCGUGCUCGAGGACAUUGCUUUCAGCACUGAUGGAUCGCUGUGAUAACGUAACGUCUGUGAUAACGAAAGGCCGGCGCCACUAGUGUAGUUACUCAAAGUAAAGAGGGUCGAUUCUGAUGCAGGAACAGUGAUAUGAAUUUCAAGCGAACAGUCGUGUCUGUGUGAGUUUCAAACGGAACAUCUUUCCCAGGUACAUUCAACUCGGACCCGAAUGACGCAGCCUGCACGCAACAGUGCGUGCUUAGAGAUCGGGAACCCUACAAGUGUUUCUAUUUAACGUGUGUAAAUAUAUUACAAUUACCUGUCAAAAUAGAGUCUAAGUGCUUGGUACAUUACCCAGCGAUAAACUGUAAGUAAUAUGAUCCACGAUACCGUGUUGCCAGCAAGUUGUAGCUUAGGACAUUGUGUUAGUAUUUAUGCAUUUUGUGGUAGCUAGUAUUUAUGAUUUUUACUUUUUUUUCAUAAUGGGUGGCCAAACUGUCUCAAACUGUAGAUAUAGUGCGAUAUAUAAUUCGUUAUUAUAUGAAUGUUGCUAUUUAUUAGGCCGUCCGUCCAAAACACAUAAAAUGUAACUUAGAUAAAUAUAUGAUGUAUAUUCCGUAUGAUAGUAGUAGAUCAAAGGCAAAGAAAGAACAGUAUUGUCAAACUUUAAAGUAUCCGGAAUUGAUGUUGUAGCCAAAAAAUGGGUCUUUCUAAAAAAUGUUUUCAUCAGUUGCACUAAAAAAUUAUUAAUUUGAUCUUCAGAUAUCAUUUUUAAAUAUGCAUGUUUGUCAGUAUUGAUUCGACACUAUUUUCAGAUAUUGACGUUAUCAGUUUACUAUGGCUUCAAGUACAGUAUCAGUUUAUUUAUCAGUUUACUAUGGCUUCAAGUACAGUGUCAGUUCACUCUUGCCAAUCAGUCUCCACAGUUCGACUUUCACAUAUUUUAUUAAAUGCUAGUUGUGUAUAUAGAUGUAUUUGUUUAAUUUAAUACUACUGAGUUUGUAUGUUUCAUAUGUACUCCAUAUCAAUCAGAAAUCUUGUCAUUCAAAAUAAAUACUUUAUCGUC